UGUCUAGGCUCGUCGCAGUGAAUACCACACACCUAGUCUGAUUGACCUCUACGCUACGCACCAUAACCACCCAAGGAUUACUGGCUGUUUUUCUCUGAUUGUGGAUGCCUGGAGAUGGUCAACACACGCAAAAAGGAGGGAGGUUCCGACCACGCCUCGCCAUUUUCAAGAGCUUGGAAGUACAUGAAACAUCAUAUCAUCGCACGUCGAUACCAUCCCAAAAACACGAAUGGAGCUCCAGGGAACGAGACAAGAUCAGGCGCAACCAGCACAUUAUCUUCCUCGUCGUUGUCGUCGUGGUAAGAGUCUUGGUUGCGAGUGAUGGCGUUGCGUCCAUUUUGAAAGCUUCGAUUCAUACGGCGUCAUGACUUACCCGCGGAUAUAACCUGGCGAUACCGGCGAUAUCAUCGACACGGGGCCAACACAUCGGCUCCUUAGCGCACUAGCAAGAAG